UACCCAAACAAGAAUAGUUAUCCAAAAUAGUGGUAAGAAUGUAAUUUCGUCAUAUUUGUUGAAGAAUCUUCUUUCUUUGCCUCCUCCAGUCAAAUAUGUCCUGAUUUUGCAACCCCAUCCUAACCCAGCGCAGAAUCUUCGACGGAAGAAGUAUCGAUCGAGAGAAAGACAACGAAAACGCCAGACCCAAAGGGUACCGUGGUUAGCCUUGCUUUUUACAGCUGCCCCUAGCUCACACUAUGGUGGAGGAAGUGACAUGAAGAUGUCUGCUCCCCUCCACCUCCUUUUAACAUUUUUGGGAUGCUGGUGUGAUGAUAGAAGUCACAGAAUACAACUCAAUUGACAAUAGUGAAUCCAACUCAGUGGUAAAUUGGCCAUGGUUGGUAACUGAGAAAUAUGUUUUUAUUUGCAAGUUGAAGUUGAAUGAAGUGAAGCACUUGCAUUGUAUGGACAUCAAAACACUCAGCGAAGAGGCUUCUUUGGAGCUGGCCCGAGAGUUGCUUAUAGCAAUCUCUCUCUGUGUACCGGAAAAAGUACUGAAUUUGGUUGCAUCUGAAAAUCUUAACAAUGGCAAUGGGGCUGUGGUAACUAAUUCUGAUGAAGAUGAAGAGCUUAGGUCAAAACUGAUCUCAAUUGCCUAUGCCCAACCUCCAGAUGCCAGUGCAUAACCAGUGAGAGACACAUGAGAAUUAGCUUGGACAAUUAUAUUUGUCAUGGCUGAUUCCUGUUAAUAAACUCCUUUGGUUGUAGUCUUGUAGAACCUGAAACCUGUAUCACAUGCAUUUGAGCGACUUUCUCUGUGGUCUGUGUUUAUGAUGUUGUCAGCAUAAAGAGAAUAGUAUAAAUAUAUGUACCGUGGUAUAAGCCUUACAAACACAUGGAACCUUUUCUUGUGGAAAUGGACAGGGCCUCUCUACAUUUGCUUGAUUCGGUGAGUUUGGUAUGGUUCAUGCUAAACAAGUAGUGUUUUGCUUGCUGGAUUGUUUUUUUGAGUUAAAAUCAUGAUGAUUCAUAUUCAUA